AUAUCAUAGCUUUUUCUACCACACAUUACAUUAAAUUAUAAUAGUAAUAAUUAACUUUUUAAUAUAAAAAACUUAGGCUAAAAGAAAAACAUAGCAUAGCAGACAUUAGAAUUUUCAGACCAAAAACAUAGACUAAUUCAUCGUUUGACAUUCCCACCAAUGUUCCAACUUCUAUAACUUCUUCAUAUUCCAAAUCUUCUCCUAACUCACAAGAAAAAAAAAACAACAACUCUCUAAGAUGAAGACUCGUCCCUCUACAAAAAUCUCUGCAAAAUGGAUUCCAAUUUUCUCUGUCUUUUCCUUCAUUAUUGGCAUGUUAAUCACAAACAGCAGGAUGUGGGAGCAACCUGAAUCUAGUGGUGUGAUAAUUUCUAAGCAUCAACGUGAUCAACAAGAACUUCAAGUGAUCUCAGAGGACUGCGAUACCAAAAAGAAGCAGGAUAAGCCUAAGGAUGACAUGAAUGAAUUGUAUAAAACCCAUGAAGCUAUUCAGGCCCUAGACAAGCAAGUUUCCAUGUUGCAAAUGGAAUUAGCAGCAGCUAGGAGUUCUCGCGAAAUCAACUCAAGUGGCUCGGCCACCACUUCUGGUGAAGGUGCUUCCAAGAAGAAGAAGGCAUUUAUAGUGAUAGGUAUAAACACAGCUUUCAGUAGUAGGAAGCGGCGUGAUUCUGUUAGAGAAACUUGGAUGCCUCAAGGUGAACAACUUCUUCAAUUGGAAAGGGAGAAAGGAAUUAUUAUCAGGUUCAUGAUUGGUCACAGUGCAACUUCCAACAGUAUUCUAGAUCGUGCUAUUGAUUCAGAAGAAGCUCAACACAAAGACUUCCUUCGUCUGCAACAUGUUGAAGGAUAUCAUGAGCUGUCUGCAAAGACAAAGAUUUUCUUUUCUACCGCCGUUGCGUUAUGGGAUGCUGAUUUCUAUGUCAAAGUAGAUGACGAUGUUCAUGUCAAUUUAGGUGUCCUGGCCGCAACCCUUGCCCGCCAUCGUUCAAAACCUAGAGUAUACAUUGGAUGUAUGAAAUCUGGACCUGUUCUAUCUCGAAAGGAUGUCAAGUACCAUGAACCUGAGUUUUGGAAGUUUGGAGAAGAAGGAAACAAAUACUUCCGACACGCAACUGGGCAGAUAUAUGCAAUCUCGAAGGCUUUGGCCACUUACAUUUCCAUUAACCAGCCGAUUUUACAUAAAUAUGCUAAUGAAGAUGUCUCACUUGGUGCAUGGUUCAUCGGUCUUGAAGUUGAGCAUAUUGAUGACCGCAGUAUGUGUUGCGGAACCCCUCCAGACUGUGAAUGGAAGGCACAGGCUGGUAACAUUUGUGUUGCGUCAUUCGAUUGGAGCUGCAGUGGAAUCUGCAAAUCAGUGGAGAAGAUUAAAUAUGUCCAUUCAAAAUGUGGUGAAGGUGAUGGAGCUGUUUGGAGCGCUUUAUUUUGAUUUUAUAUCCAAAGGAGGAUGGUUUUUAUUUCUGGUCAAAAGACGAACCGAUUGUUUAAACUGAAGCUAGAACAUUUUGGAUUCGAGAAUGAGAAUCAUCUGCAAACGAUAUAACAUGAAACAUUUUUGUGGAAAGCUUAGAGGCAAGGCUGGUUGAUCAAGAUAAGAAUUAAUGCAUGAAUGUGGAGGAUUUGAGCAUGGGGUUGGGGGGGGGGGGGUAUGUAUGACAAAUAUAGAGGUGCUACUAUAAUAUAUUUAUUUAGGACUUAUUUUAAGUUUAUUAAUUUUUUGUUCUUUUUAUAGUACACUUUGGGUUGUGCGAGAAUCAACAAUGUUUUGAUAGAUUUUUGAUAGUACUAUAUUAAAUGUGAUGCAACGAA